AUGUCAGAACCUUCACAACUUAUGACAGAAAAUACACGUUCUGAUCUUUAUGUUGCACUCCCUGUUCUCAGUCAAGGAAAGAAAUGGGUCUUACUAUACAGUACAUGGAGGCAUGGCAUAUCUCUUUCAACCUUAUAUAGAAGAAGCAAUCUUUGCCCUGGGUUAAGUCUACUGGGAUCGAAUGAUACAUUUGUGUUUACAAAUACACCAGGGCGUCCUGUUAUAUAUCGCCCCACAGGGGUGAAUCGGUAUUUUACUCUUUGUUCAACUGAGUAUUUAGCGCUUGGUGGGGGAAAUCAUUUUGCAUUGUAUCUCGAUAGUGACUUAUUGAAUGGGUCAAGUUUGGCCUCAGAAACUUAUGGUAACUCUUGUUUGUCACACACCCAAGAAUUUGAAGUGAAGGAAAUUGAGGUACCUCGGUACAUCAUCACAGUAUCUCAUGAUGUCUUGCCUCAACCACCAAUAACUCAGGUCUCAUGUGCCCGCACCACAGAUCUCCAUAACAAGUUUCACUUGAAUGAUUUUCUGAUCUCCUCAAUAGAAUGCCCAAUUCUCCCCCACUCAGGGUUUGAACCAACACCAAUUAGCAUACCAAUAAUCUACUCCGUAGACUGUUUCACCAGAAACGAGAACAGCACAACUCUUGCUGCAGAAGGAGACAUCUCAUCCAUUAGCCAACGGAUCGACUCAGACCUCGAUCCUCCAAUAAGCAUCAUCUCUAUUCAUCCCUGA